AUCGUACCAUAGUGUCAGCCUGCACAUCUCUUGUAUCUGAACCUCAUACUGUUGAAAGAAGUGAAGAAUUUGCCAUGCCACCCGAACUGAACUAUGCCAGUGUAGAACCUGUCAUAAGGUUUAUAUACAGUGGGCGUCUAGAUGUUAGGGGAUCUCGUAGUGAAAUGACUGCUAUUUACAAUGCAGCUCAGAGGCUUCAAGUUUCUCUCCUAACACGUUUAAUGGACCGUCGUUUCCCUUACCUGACACCCUCAAGAAACUCUGCAAACAGACUGCCAGUAUGGAGGAGAACCCCAGACAGACAAUCAAGACAUCAGAAGCAGCAGCCAUCAAAAGCAGCCACCAAAGGAAGCAUACCAAGAGUGCCAACAUCCCCCACCACAUCGUCGGACAAACAACACAAGUCCUUUUCAGAUGAUGAACUACAAGCAAGAACCUCUCCAGAUAUCCUAGAAAUAAGUUCAAAGGAAAUUCCUGAAGGUGCUGCAGGUAGUGGACCAGAAGAAGAAGAAGAAGCUGGUGACGGUAUAUAUUUACUUGUCACAAAUAGUCAGAAAAUUGCACAGGCAAAUGCUGCUGUCAGAAGAAAGAGACCAGCAGAGCAAGCAAGACCCACAAGAUUUGAGCUGGAGGAGGAGUCUGAAAAUGCUAGUGUAAAAAUUGCAACAUGGUCUUCAAAGAGUUCAAAUGUUCCUUCAUUCUUUCCUUCAACUUCCAUUCAAGGGCAGGAGCCUACCACAGCAUUCUUAUCUUCCACACAUACUACCUCAGCAGACAGUUCAGAUUUGCAGCAAAAGUUUGUUAAUGUAACGACAUCUGGAACUGUCUCUUCUCCCAAAUGCAAUUCAGUUUCACCAAGUUCAGAUGGGCUUACAGGCAGCUCACCUACAUCAAGACAGUGUGUACAACCACAUGAUCAAUAUACUUUCAUGUCACACACUACAUCUAAUGAUCCAGCUCCAUCACACAGUGCAGAGGAUGAUGCCAUCACAGUCAUAGAAGAUGUUCCCAUAAGUUUGAAUGCAAGAUCAAAAGGCCACAUAGUGGGUGCUCAAGAGAAUGAAAAUAUAGUCGAUGAUGAUGCUGGAAGAGAUGGUGAUGAUUUAAUGGAGAAAAUUUCCAAUAUUUGCAGACAAUUAGAAGAUAGAGACUCUGAUGACAGUGAGUCAAACCUAGAGGAAUCCUUUGAAUCAAGUGACAACAGCAUGAAUUUCAUGCACAGUGGCUCUUGUGUCACAUCAGAUUGCUCAUCUCACACACCUGAUGAUCUUAAAAAUGAGUCUCUAGGAAUGCAUCAAUCAAGCACAUCAGUGAAAUCAAUACUAAAAAGAAAAAAAGAUAAGAACAAGAUAGGAACAAAGAAGCGUGUUUCUUUUCCUCUAGACGAGAACGAUGAAUUAAUUAAUGAAGUUGCAACUUAUUCUCAUUCAAAAGAACCAUCACAGUCACUUCUGGAUGUCCAAAAAACUGUUGGAAGUUUCAGAUCAAGUGAGGAUGUAUCUUCUCCUGUCAAACUUACGUUAUCAUUGAAAAAGAAAGUUCUUGUGAACCUAGCUCUUGGGGAGUCAGAGACCAGUGAAUCUCAGUCUAGUCACAGAAAUGUGAAAAAUAAGAACAAAAAAGAUAGCAAUUCCCCAAGCCAGUCAACUAGUCAAGGUGUAAGUCAGGGUGACAUGUCUAAUCAUGCAAAAAUUAUCUCUGAGGUUUUGAAAAAAUAUCCUCAUUUAGUAAAAGACAAGAAAAACAUACGACUUAAAAUUCUCAAAAAAGGAAAUGACAAGGCAGGCAGUGGAAAAUUGGUGAAAUCCAAAGUUCAGUAUCUUGUUUUAAGUGAAAAUGAAUCCAAAGCUAAGCCAGGGAGUAAACUUUCUAAAAGUCCCACAAGUUCUGUACCCAAGGGUGACAGCUCUACCACAAGAGGAGCACAAAGUUCUCAAACUUUUGACUGCCCCGAAUGUAGGGACUUAUCCUUUACAACAUACUUUGCAUUCAAAAAGCAUGUGUUAUAUGAGCAUAAAGAUAAAAGCAGUGCUAUUUUAGCAAAUGUUGAGAGUGUACCAUAUGCUUGUUUUACCUGUUUUCUUAAUGAGCCGUUAGAGUUUAGUGACUACUGUAGUUAUCAACAGCACAUGAAAGAUGUACACAGUAAGAGUGAGGCACGCCUGUGUAGCAUUUGUGGAUUUAGACCAGGAAGGAAGCUGGAGUUGGCAUAUCAUUUAUAUACAGAACACAACAAAACACCUAGAAACAUAACAUUUCCAAAAUGUGAUCUUUGUGAUCAUGUUGCUAUGACUGAAGCAGCCUUACUGAAACACAGGUCACAACAUGCCAAUGCAGAUAAUUACACUUGUUCUGUUUGUGGAGUUGCAUUUCGCUCUUUUGGAGCUCUGCAGGGCCACAUGCAAACUAAGUUGUGUCAAAAUAAACCAAGCAUUAGCCACAAGUGUCCAUAUUGUCCCCAGACUUUUGCCCGAUCAUAUAAUUUGAAGGCACACUGUAAAUCAAACCACAGAGCUCUUCAUAAUAUAGCACAAACUUCAACUGGAUGCACAGGGGAACAAACAACAGAAGUUCAACAGCAGGAAGAAAGAACCUUGUCCUCUAAUGAUCCACAAAAUGUACCUGACAGGAGCCUGGAAGAAAGGAGCUUGAGUGUUGAGGGAAUGUGUGAAACUUUAACAAGCAUAAACUCACACUCAUCAUCAGAGGCUGAGGCUUUGUCAACUGUGGCAAGUAGCCUGGCAGCAUCACUUGGUCUCCCGGAAGAAAGUAUGACGCAGUAUAUGUACACUCAAGGCAGCAAGCUGGACUUUCCUGGAAGUCUAGAAGGCGAUAAAUAUGAAGAAGGAAUGAAUCGACCUAGUAGUGUCAGUGUACAUCUGGUUGAAGCAUCUACCCCAGUUUCAGGCUACCCAGGAGACAUGACAGUGUGCCAUGAUAGGACCUACACUUGUCAAGCACAAAUGCCAUCCACAACAUCAGUUGGAACACUUUAUCCUGUGGGGGUUGUACCAAGCCAAAUUGUUCCAGGCCAGAUGGUACCUGGACAGCUUUUGCCAAGUCAUGUCCUUCCUGGAAACUGUGUUAGUGUAGCAGGUGGCUCUGUCAUUGGAGCAGCUCCUCACAGCUGGACCUAUGUCACUUACCAGGUUCCUACCACCAGUGAUGAUAUACCAGUCAUGACAGAAGCCACAACUUUAACCCCAUCAUCUGUUCAUCCAGAUCACAAUGCAACUGUGGAAGUCACAAUGUCUGGCAAGUCCACAAAUAGUAAUAAUGGAAUCACCUCUAGUUGCGAAGAUCCAAAUCCUCUUGUUAUGAUAACCAGUCCAACACCCCAAGUGAACAUUAGCCAGUCUUCUCAACUCUCGGCUACACAAAGCUAUGACACAUUUUCCUCACAGUUUGUGUGACCAGUAAAUAGAUCUGCUAGUGAGGAUAUCUUAUACCACCCCAGUUAUUGUGUUCUUUAGGUAGAAUUUAAGUUGUCGGAUUGACACAAUAGAAAUUCUUGAUUCACAUCAGAGAAUUUACCUAGCUUAAGUUAAAGUAGCUUGCAAGGUGUUAGAAAUUUUUGAAUAUUAGCAGUGUGUAGUUAAAGUCAUGAUAAGAAAAAGUUGUCACUUUCUUUCUCUUUAAAUGUAAAUCAAUUUUUAUAAAAGUAGUUGGUGUUAUUGGUUUGUCAUUAGGCAGAAUAAAGAAUUACCACAUACAGGCCUAAGGUAAGCAGAUAUUACCUUUAGCAUUAUAAUUUCAUAUUUUCAGUAUAUAUAUGGUUUAUAUAGUUUAGAUCUAUUCACAUUUUUUUAUGGAUUUCUUCCUCUCUUAUGUGUGUAUUAAAUUUUAAUACCUCACAGUUUGUAUAUAGUGUGGAACAUGUAUUGUACUUUCAAGUUAUGAUCUUAAGGGUCAUAUUUAUAUUCACAAUUUGUGAAUUAAAAUAGUACAGAAUACUCUUUGUGUUAAAAACUUUUACAAGUUUAGUUUAUUUAUUUAGUUGCCAAAGCUGAAAAGAGUACAGUAUUUUGUUCCUUUUUUACCAUUACUUCAUAUUAUUGAAAUAACCUUUUCUAUUGGAAAAUAUAGGUACUGACAAUGAAAUGAUGAAUACCUUUUCAAAAAAAUAUGUUAAUUACAAUGCCAUGACAUUUUUGGCUAGAGUAUUUUAUAUAUAGAUCAGUUAAACUCAAUUUGUGAUAGUAUACUGGACUUAAAAAGUCUUAAUUUUUAACAGUGACAUGUUAUUAAAUAGCAUGUUUUUUAUGGACUUAUUAUUUAUUGAUUUGUUGAUUUGAUGUAUAAUUUAUUUAUUUGUUAAAGAAUCUAUCCUCCAUGGACAUUAUUAUAUGGUUGUGUAUUCUAGAUCUGUAAUGUUUCUUAUAUAUUAUCUGUCUUUUUUCAUACGAGGUCAGAAUGUUUGAUGCUAAGAAGUACCAACAUCACAUAGAAUCAUGCCUUGUACUCAUGCUUUGCUCAUACUCACAAUCACAAAGAACCUAGACCCAGACUCAGACACUUUUUUUCCAUCAACGUACUAUCUCUGUCCUUUUACCCUUUAUGACUUAUAUAAUGUUCUCUCAUGAUUUCCAAGUCACAUUUUUAUUGCAACCCUCCUCCCCAUCAGUUUUCAUAACUGCUUAAAAUGUUAUAUCAAUUACUCUGCUUUAUAGUUAUUAAAUUUGGAUGAGUCAUAUAUCAAUACAACAGUAAUCAUAAUGCAAAUGCAUGAACUACUAUGGAUCAGAUACAUUUUAUGUGAUAUAUAUUUUGUUUUUAUUAAUAUAUGAUCGUUUCAUUCAUUUAUUUUAAAGCAAACCAUAUAUUGAGUGAAUGAAUACACUAAUCUUUCAAAAAGAAUCUUAGACAUUCAUGAAUUCCAUUCAGGCUCCUAGAUAUUUUGUUAUUGUGCAAGCAAAGGAUAAGUGAAGUUCAGUCACCUCAAUUUGUAUCAAAUGUCUUUUGCUCUUUUUAAAAGCAGCACUUGAAACUGUGCUGUAGGUUACGUUAGAACUUUUAGAAAGCUGUGUAACCCAUUGCUUAUUUUAUCCCCUCAUUAUAUCAAAAUCUGUCGUUUACUGAAUGAUAGAAGCAAUAACCAUUUUCAAGGAAUAGAUCAGUUAUAUGUGUUGCUCUAUGUAAACAUAUGUCUGGAUGGGUGUGUGAGUGAAUGUAUGCUUGUAUGUUUGUUUGUUUGUUUUAAUAGGAGCAUAUACAUUCACAAAUACAUAUGUAUAUCAUGCAAAAAUCAUUUUGAUUAAAAGAAAUCAGUGAUUCAUGUAGAUAUUUUAUUCAUGUAAUAUUAUAUUGUUAAUUUAUGUAGUAUAUGCCAGUUUUUAUGUACAUUUAGUGUUAAUUGUAAGUUACCUUCAUUUGUAAUACAGAUGGCAAAUGUUA